CGUACAGUAAUGAAAUAAUUUGACCAUACAGUACUUAGGAGUUUCUUACUAAGUUUCUAACUAUUCUUGUUAAAAGCCUUUUAUUUUCGCAAAUAAAAGUACACCUUCUUAUCACUAGUGGAAUACGGUUGAAAGAAAGACUGUGUAUUUAGUGUUAUUGUAAGAUUUAGUAGUUGUGAAGGGAGACUUCGACGAUAGGUUUACUACAUUCGUCAAAUGGAUUAGUGAUGGUUAUUUAAACUCAAAGUGAAACAGUGAAAAAUAUGGAGGAGGUUCAAAAGCAUUCCGUACAUACACUGGUCUUUCGUUCAUUGAAGAGGACUCAUGAUAUGUUUCUGUCAGACCAAGCUAAUCCUCCACCACCUGAUGAAACCAGUGAAAAGAUCAAACUGAUGGUAAAAGCAGCAGAUGAAUACAAACCAGUGAUGCACCUCAUUAGAAAUAAUCCUGACAAAGAAUUCAGACGCAGUGUCUCUGACCAAAGAGGAGAAAUUGAAAAUGGGGGUGAAAGCAACUACUUUGAAAAUUAUUUGGAAAGUGGUCAGGACUCAAGAAAUGAAACAGACCAACAUAUACAAUCAAAUUAUGGUGAGAUUACACAACCUCCUAUCAUUGAUGAUUACUAUACAUCAAGUGGACAAAAACUUUCACAGGCACUGGUAUUGGCUGGAACACAGCAGCAAGCAAUAUCAAGAAAAGCUCCUACAAUGCCCAAACCUCAGUGGCAUCCUCCAUGGAAACUUUACAGAGUGAUCAGUGGCCAUCUUGGUUGGGUGAGAUGUAUAGCUGUGGAACCUGGAAAUGAAUGGUUUUGUACAGGGUCAAAUGACAGAAUCAUCAAGAUAUGGGAUCUUGCUAGUGGAAAGUUAAAGUUAUCUUUAACCGGCCACAUCAGUGGGGUCAGGGGUCUGGCUGUGAGCCCUCGGCAACCAUAUCUUUUCUCUUGUGGUGAAGACAAACAAGUGAAGUGUUGGGAUUUAGAAUACAAUAAGGUAAUUCGUCACUAUCAUGGUCACUUGAGUGGUGUGUAUGCUUUAGCCUUACAUCCAACCAUUGAUGUUCUUAUCACAGGUGGUAGAGAUUCUGUAGCAAGGGUUUGGGACAUGAGAACCAAAGCUAACAUCCAUACGUUAGCUGGACACACAAACACAGUAGCUAGUGUCCAGAGUCAAGCCACAGAACCACAGGUCAUGACAGGUAGCCAUGAUUGCACCAUUAGGUUGUGGGACUUGGUUGCUGGAAAAUCCAAAGUCACCCUUACUCAUCACAAGAAGAGUGUCAGAGCACUUCUUAUUCAUCCAAAAUUGAACAUGUUUGCAUCAGGAGCACCGGAUAACAUCAAACAGUGGAAAUGCCCUGAUGGAAAGUUUAUUCAGAAUUUACAAGGACACAAUGCUAUUGUCAACUGUUUAGCUAUGAAUGUUGACAAUGUUCUUGUCUCUGGAGGUGACAACGGGACAUUAUUUUUCUGGGAUUGGCGGACAGGAUACAACUUUCAAAGGCUCCAAACACCUGUACAGCCUGGGUCCAUAGACAGUGAAGCUGGAAUUUUUGCUGCAAUCUUUGAUCAAAGUGGGACACGUUUAAUCACUGCAGAAGCAGAUAAGACCAUAAAAAUCUUUAAAGAAGAUGAUAUGGCUACUGAAGACAGCCAUCCAAUCAACUGGAAACCAGAAAUUAUCAAACGAAGACGUUAUUAAUUUACUCUUAUUGUUUUGUAUUCCAAUAAAAUUUCUUUUAUGAA